CCAAAGCCCGUCCGUUACUGUUUUUUCUUCUCCAUAUUUCCCGAAGCGGCUGGCUGCAAAUAUAAAGAAGAAGAAGAAAACAAGAGAGCAGUGCCCUCCCCCAACUCCGGCGGCAACCCCCGGCGAGCCCCGCUGCCGCAUGGGGUGGGAGACACAGAUCGGAAGCGUAGGCAGUCUGAGGGCUUGAGGUGAAUAAGCAACAAGAAACGCCGACAAAAAGCUCCAGCCCAGCAUCACCUAUGGUGAUAGCAUCUGGAGUCAUCGACAGGGGGCACCUGUCCCCGUUCAGCGGCCCGACGGCCGACUCCUCAUCCUCGUUCUUCUCUGAGGAUCUCGUCGUCCCACCAGAGAGGCAGGUUGGUUUCUGGAAAUCGGAGUCAAUGGUGGAUCAGAGAGGGAGCAACUCAGCUUUUGCUUCUCAACUUGAAAAGAUACACCCAAUGGGAGCAAAUCCAGAAGGCGAUCUGGAACGUUCAAGAGGUCAAGGCUUUGGGGGCCUAGAUAUCCUUCGCAUAGGUAAACUGACGGGGCAAGGAAAUGGUUUGACUUUACCAUCGAUGUCCUGGGGUGAUAUGAUCACGACUCCUGGAUCUAGGCUUGGCUCGUCUGCGAGAGAGACGGAUAUUGCUGAAACAGCUAGUGGCAACUCGAGAAUAAGGGCACAUGGUGUUCAUGGUCAGUCUGCUGAUACACUUGGCUUCAUCUGUGAGGGAGAUGAAUCUCUAGGGUCCAUGGAAGAAGUUGAAGCUCAAACUAUUGGUGAUCUUCUACCAACCGAUGAUGAUUUGAUAUCGGGCGUUGUCGAUGGCUUUGAUUUUGCUGGCCUGUCCAUCAACCAGGAUGAUGCCGAUGAAGAUAUAUUCGGCACUGGAGGAGGGAUGGAGCUUGAGAGUGAUGAUUCCAUUAGUAAAGUUGCAAAAAAUCGGGAAGGAUCCUUGAAGUGCCAAUUUUCUGGCGAGGAUUAUGUCAAUAAAUGCCCUUCAAGGACUCUUUUUAUCAGAAACAUUAACGCAAGCAUUGUCGAUUCUGAGCUAAGAGCUCUAUUUCAGCAAUAUGGGGACGUACAUAAGCUCUACACCUGCAAGGACCGUGGGUAUGUAAUAGUGUCUUACUAUGACAUAAGAGCUGCCCAAAAUGCAAUGAGAGCACUCCAUGACAAGCCUCUGGGGUUGAUGAAGCUUGAUGUACAAUUCUCCAUUCAUAAGGAAAAUAUAUUUUCUCCAGUUAGCCCGCAACUGGACAGAUCACCCCGUGGCAUCUGUACAAGUGGUCCUCAGAAGUUGUCAUCGCCUAUCAGAAUAGAACCUACGCAUCAGUACAAUAAUCAAGCUGCUAUUAAUGAACUUGGUGGGUCACUUGGUCAAGGAAACAUUGGACGUGGAAUGCAUAUGUUCCACCCACACUCACUGCCGGAGUGUCACAAUAGCAUCUGUAAUAGCUCCGAGUCUAUGACAUCAAGUGGCAGGAGGGCUAGUUUUAGAGGAGAUGGAGUGGAUUACAGUCAUCUCCAGAAAGUGGGUUCCGAUAGCCUCCAUGGGCGUUCCUUCAAUCAGUAUACUGGAGGAAUUGGAGUUGCCGGAGUUGGAAGUUUCCCCCUUCAUGGACAGCACUACAGUAGGAAUCAUUCAAAUGGUUUUCCUCAAAGCCCCUCCCCUCCCAUGAUGUGGUCGAAUCCGCAGCACCCAGCGCGCAUGCAUGGUUAUCCCGGUGUGCCACCACACACACUGAACACUAGACACCACAUGGGUUCGGCUCCGAGCAACGGAGGCAGUUUUGAAAACGUGUGCUCUGUUCAUCCAGGGUCUCUUGGAAGCGUAGGGUUCCCUGGUAGCCCUCAGCUGUAUCCAUCAGACCUUGGUGUCUUUCCACCUGCCAGAGGAAAUCACAGGGAGACCAUGUUCUCUCCUGCUGGUGCUGGAUUUCCAUCGCUGCGACAAAUGUGCCAUGCAGUCAACGGAAGGAACCCUAUGGUCCAGGUUUCCGCUUCGUAUGAUGCUACGAAUGACCGCAUGAGGAGCCACAGACACGGUGGAAACAGUGUUCAGCCAGAAAACAAGAGGCAGUUUGAGCUCGACAUUGACCGCAUAGCGAAGGGCGAAGACUCGCGCACUACGCUGAUGAUCAAGAACAUUCCUAACAAGUAUAACUGUAAACUUCUUCUGGCCGUCAUCGACGAGAACCACCGCGGAACCUAUGAUUUCGUGUACCUUCCGAUUGACUUCAAGAAUAAAUGCAACGUGGGGUAUGCUUUCAUCAACAUGACUGAUCCGCAGCACAUAAUUCCAUUUUACAAGACGUUUAAUGGCAAGAGAUGGGAAAAGUUCAACAGCGAAAAGGUGGCGUCUCUUGCGUAUGGCAGAAUCCAGGGCAGGAGCGAUUUGAUCUCCCAUUUCCGGAAUUCUAGUCUGAUGACCGAAGACAAAUGGUGUCGUCCUAUACUUUUCCACAAGGACGGACCAAAUGCAGGGGAUCAGGAACCUUUCCCCGUGGGGAACAACAUUCGUCCUAGGACUCUCCGAAACAGGCCGCUCCAUAGCUCGGAUACUAGAGCCGGCGACGCGAGCCUGUCAACCUCACCUAACCAAGAGAACUCAAGCCGCGGAGCGAACGCGGUGGAGGGUGAGGACCCGCACUAACCGGGGACUGGAGAAAGCUGCAAUAAACCGGUGUCCCCAGUUUUGCUAUUUAUUUUUCUCCUUGGCAAUGUCGGGGCGGUUUCGCCCCUUUUAGUUUGGAGAGGAGCUCAGAUAUGGCGACAAGGCGCAAGAAGAGGUGGUGAUGUGUGUUUUGGGCUGUGCUGGAACGAAACUUGUAUAGUGGAGCUGUGAGGGGGUGUUUUGAAUGUUAUUUGACCUGAAUGUAUGGAAAACUUUGCUCGUUUUUGCACAGAUUA